GUGUGAACUCUAAAGACACAGGUUGACUCAGGAGGCCCAAGAAGGGAGAGGGCCAGAGGAGACGAUCUGUCACUGAUCCUGCCCCAGCUUGGUCCUCCAGAAAAGACCAGCAGCCUGCAGAACCCGGCGGGAGCCACCCCUCAGUGCCCCCACACACCCACCCUUCCUGCCUGAGAGACAGCAGAAGAUGGAACCAGGCAGGACUCAGCUACAACUUGACCCCAGGUACACAGCGGAGCUCCUGGAAGUGCUGAGAACCAACUACAGUGUCCCAACUGCCUGCUUCUCAUAUGCUCUUACAGCAGCCCAGCUCCUGCAAGUCCUGGGCCCCUUGGAAAUAUCCCUGACAGUCAUCAUGACCCUCCUGGCCCUGGGCUCGGUGGGCAUCUUCCUGGAGAAUGCCAUCUACCUGCACAGGAACACAGGCUGUACCAUCAAGCGCAGGACUCUGCUGUGGAUGAGCUCUGCACCCACGGUGGUGUCGGUGUUGUGCUGCUUCGGCCUCUGGAUCCCUCGCUCGCUCACCCUUGUGGACAUGUCCGUCGUGGCGUACUGCUCACUGUGCUUUUACCUGCUCAUGCUGAUCAUGGUGGAAGGUUUCGGGGGGAAGGAAAUGGUGCUGAAGACGCUGAAGGACACCCCGAUGCAGACGCACACAGGGCCCUGCUGCUGCUGCUGCCCCUGCUGCCCCCCUUUGCAGCUCACCAGGAAGAAGCUGCAGCUGCUGAUGGUGGGCCCCUUCCAGUACUGCUUCCUCAGGAUCUCAAUGGCCCUGGUCGGCCUCUUCCUCAUCCCCGAUGGCAUCUACAACCCAGCAGAUAUUUCCGAGAAGAGCACUGCGCUCUGGAUCAACAGUUCCCUGGGCGUAUCCACCUUGCUGGCUCUCUGGGCCCUGGCCAUCCUCUUCCGGCAGGCCAAGCUGCACCUGAGUGAGCAGAACAUGAGAGCUAAAUUCUCUCUGUUCCAGAUGAUGCUCAUCCUGACUGUGCUGCAGCCUGCCAUCUUCUCCAUCCUGGCCAAUGGUGGCCAGAUUGCCUGCUCGCCUCCCUACUCCUCCAAGACCAGGUCUCAGGUGAUGAACUGCCACUUCCUCGUCCCUGAGAUGUUCCUGCUGACGGUGCUGACACGGAGGUACUACCGAAUAAAAGACCACAAGGCCGGGCAUGGAACCUGCUGCACAGAGCUGGACUCAAGCUCGGUGGCCUGAGAGGUGCCCGGAUGGUGCAGAGCUGCUGUGCUUGCGGGAUGCGAGGUUCCACAGUUCCUUGGCCCCAACCAACGGCGUUGGCGGCCAGCGGGCAAGAACCAUUGACUGGAGAUAGGAAGGUAGACUGUGAUGAUGGAAUUAUUUUGGAUCUUGCCCAGGAAGAUAUUUUAAACUUUGUAAUAAACAAACGGGACAAAGUC